AUGAUCUACUUUUUAUUUUCAUUAUACAAGAUUCAAAGUAUUGCCAAGAAAGUCCUUGAGAUUCAUGCUAUUCCUCUUUUAGUAAUUGAUAAACUAAUUACUAUGAUUUCCAAUAAUAGCAGAUGUAGAAUUGAUGGAAAUACUUUUCAAUUAGAGUUCUUGUUUUGCACCAAUUAUAAAGUAUAA